AUGGAGAACGAAAAGUUUUUCAGCACUUAUGACGUUGAGAGUGAUGACGAAUACGACAUCACAAGCCGUCCACCGACUCCCGGGUCGAGCAUCGAAACCAGUGAAGAAAUAGAAGCUGGAAGAUAUGUCAGGAUGCCGUUAAAUCGCGGAGUCGAGCGGCAGGAUAGAAACGGAAAUUCAUCGGUGACGGAAUUGGAUGAAUCCGAUAAACGCUCGGUACCAGAUAUAGGUCCACGAUGCACCAAUGAAGACACUGCCACCAAUCGCAACAGUGAAACGGCUGGUAGUAGAAGCCACGAAGACAGUGACAGAUUAUCCUCACUGGAGAAAGGACUUGCGGAGCUAUCACGCCUUCUACUCGAGCAACGUGCUAGCGAAAAACCUGUCGCAAUCGAUCAAUCUUGGGCCGCGCCAGGUUACGGAGUAGAGAUCGCUCGACCGUCAUCGAGCGUGCGAAUGGACCAUAUCCCACCAUUCCCGACGGAUGUGCCCUCCAACGGCAUGUGGGAGGCCUUCAAUAAGUAUCUAGAAAAAUUUGAGAUAGCCUUGGCCAUAUAUAACAUAAGUGAUCCGGUCAAACAAGCACAGUACCUGUUUCUCGCCAUUGGAGACGAUCUCCAAAAUAUAGUGCGUGGCGCGGGUUUAAGGCCAAAUCUUCAUGAUCCCGACUGCUACAAAAAGAUGGUUGCUAACAUUUCCGGCUACUUUCGGGCAAUGACCGAUUCUGCGGCCGAGCACGAGGCUUUCGCAAAAAUGAAGCAGGAGCGGGGUGAAUCUACUGUCACUUUCCACGCCCGAUUGAUGUCCAAAGCACGACUAUGUGGCUAUAGUUCCAAAGACCAGGAGCGGUUCGUCAGAUCGCAACUGUUGCGAGGUAUGAUGAAUCAGGAACUCGCUAGAUCAGCCAGAACAUUCAACUAUGAAACGUCUUUUAUUGUUCAAUCGGCCGCACGAAGUGAAGCUUUUGACGCUGAGGUGAGAGCAGGAUCAUCUAAUAACCAAGUGCUUGCUGUUAAAGAAUACACGCCAAGGACCCAGAAGCGGAGCUACGCUGGACAACAGCGACAACAAAGCGACACAGUGAACAAGAGAAGGCGGAACACUGCGCCAACGUAUAAAAGAGAUCGUUGCUCUCGAUGUGAUCGCCCACAGCAUAAUGGCAGAGUGUGCCCCGCCGUUGAUCGUGAGUGUCGUCAAUGUGGUCGUCGUGGUCACUUUGCGGCCACAUGCCGGAUGAAGAAACUCAACCGAGUCGAGAAAGUGGAACCUCCGCCAGUCAUCGAAGACGAGAAGCACAUCAAUACUCUAUCACUUAGAGAUGUCCUCAUACUAUGUAGUAUUGGGAACUCAGAACCUAUCGAGUUUCUGAUUGACUCAGGAGCCGAUGUGAAUGUUAUAGGGGGUAAAGAUUGGAACGCCCUUCUAAAACAGGUCCAGAAAAAGCAGGCAGAUAUCAAGAUCCUCGGCCCUAUCAAAACAACCAAUCUGCGAGCUUACGCUGCGGAAACCCCCAUGCAUAUUGAAUGCUCGUUUGUGUCUACCAUUGUCCCUUUAGAAACUGGUAACUCAGUCACAAACGUCGAAUUCCUAGUAGUCCCUAGUGGCCGUCGCUCUAUACUGGGAAGAGCAACUUCAAGCGACAUGGGCUUGUUGAAAGUCGGAUCAUCCGUUAACAAUUGCAGCGAGAGUAAUGGUGUUGAAGUUUUCCCCAAGAUGCCUGGCGUAAAAGUUAAAUUCAGCAUCGAUAAAUCGGUUGCGCCAGUCCGCAAUGCUUAUUAUAAUGUCCCUGCCGCAUACCGAGAAGGGGCAAAACAGCGAUUGCGAGAGAUGGAACAACGGGGAAUCAUAGAACGAGUGACUACCGCUCCUGAGUGGAUAAGUGGGAUGACAGCAGUUGCGAAGGGGAAGAACGAUUUUAGGUUGGUGGUAAAUAUGCGCGCCGCCAACAAAGCAAUUAAUCGGGAGUAUUUUCGAUUGCCACUGCUCCAGGAAAUGAAAAUAAAACUCCACGGAGCGCGGUAUUUCACGAAGUUGGACCUCACGAGCGCAUAUUACCAUUUGGAGCUUUCGAAGGAUUCCCGUGAACUGACAACGUUCCUUAGUGAGGAUGGGAUGUUCCGCUUCACUCGUCUUAUGUUCGGGGUAAAUUGUGCCCCGGAGAUCUUCCAGCGAGAAAUGAGCAGAGUGCUGGAAGGCAUACCGAACAUAAUCAUUUAUAUUGACGAUAUCUUGGUGUUUGCUGAAACACUUGAAGAACUCCGUGCAACUGUUUGCCAAGUACUACAAGUAUUGCGAGCCAACAAUCUCACGCUGAACAUAAGUAAAUGUGAAUACGACAAGCAACGUAUUGGAUUCCUGGGUCACGAAUUGGACAAAGAUGGGUUUCACAUUGACUCGGCGAAGAUUAAGCACAUCGAAAAGUUCCGAUCACCAGGAACGCCUUCAGAAUUGAGAAGCUUUCUUGGGCUUGCAGCAUACAUAAGCCCGUACAUACGGAAUUUUUCCGACUUGACAAACCCUCUUUGGACGGUGUCGACUACGAAGACGUGGUCUUGGGGUCCCCGUCAGUCAGCGGCAUUUGAAGCUACGAAGAGAGCAAUUGCUGAUUGUACAACAUCAUUGGGCUAUUUUUCGGAGGACGACAAAACGGUUUUAUAUACUGACGCUUCUCCUGUGGCACUCGGCGCCGUUUUAGUGCAAGAAAACAGUAAAAGCACUCCUCGGAUUAUUAGUUUCGCCUCGAAGGCGUUGACGACCACGGAGCAGAAGUAUGCGCAAAAUCAGCGGGAGGCACUUGGUGCGGUCUGGGCAGUGGAAUACUUCGCCUACUAUUUACUAGGCCGAGAAUUCACGCUGCGUACCGAUGCAAAAGGGGUGGCGUUCAUAUUGAACCGAUCUCGGGAAGCGCCAAAGCGAGUUUUGACAAGAGCAGAUGGUUGGGCCCUGAGACUCAGCCCAUACAACUACGUAGUGGAAUAUGUAGAAGGAAAGUUUAAUAUCGCAGAUCCGUCCUCUCGCCUGUAUGAGGGUAAGGAUGAGCCAUUUGAUGAUUCCACCAGCCCGUGGGAGAUUGCCCAACUCGAAGCUAAUGGAAUAAGUCUGUUGACGGAUGAAGAAGUUAGGUCUGCAACGCGUGAAGAUACCGUUCUGUCCCAAGUCACUGAAGCUCUCGAAUCCGGGCAAUGGCCCAAGAAUCUGCGCAGGUAUGAGCUCGUAUCUGAGGAUCUUUGUCUUGACGAUGGAAUAAUCUCGAAGAAUGGAUGUGCAGUAAUCCCAGAAAUGUUACGCAAGAAAACGCUUGAUGUCGCUCAUACAGGACAUCCUUCCGCAGCAAAGUUAAAGAGUAUCCUUCGAGAACGCGUCUGGUGGCCGGGUAUGCCCAAGGAUGCAGAGGAAUGGGUGAAAUCCUGCGAGACCUGUGUCACUAAUGGUAAGCCGGAGAAACCCACUCCCAUGCAACGCGUCAUAGCACCGAAGGCGGUCUGGGAAACAAUAGCGCUCGAUUUUAACGGGCCCUAUGCAAGGUUUGGGGGCAUAUACAUUUUAGUGCUAGUUGAUUAUCGCUCUCGCUUCAUAAUUGCAAGCCCAGUGAAGUCCACGAAUUUCGAAGAAACGAAGAAAUUCCUUUGCAAAGUGUUCGAUAGAGAAGGCUACCCGAGAAACAUCAAAUCCGACAAUGGACCACCGUUCAACAGUGUCGAUUUUCGUAACUUUUGUGAGGAACGAGGAAUUCUGAAUAUAUUUUCCACUCCCCAUUUCCCACAGCAGAAUGGCCUUGUUGAAAGCUAUAUGAAGCUUAUCAACAAGGCCAUGGCUUCGGCAGUAGCUUCUGGAACAAAGUACGAAGAGGAGGUGACAAACGCUGUUAAGGCGCACAACUCAGCUGCUCAUUGCAUCACCAAAGUGGCACCGGAAGAAAUGAUGUAUGGGAGGAAAUUCAGAAGAGGGCUACCAUUGCUGAAUCGGGGUAAUGUUACCCUGAAUGAGGACGAAAUUAGCAAACGAGAUCGGGAGGCAAAACUGAAGGGAAAGGAUUAUGAAGACAAGCGUCGAGGUGCUCGAAAGUGCCAAAUCAUGCCCGGGGACUUAGUGAUUGUAGAACGAGGCGUACGUGCAAAAGGGGACAGUAGGUUUGAUCCUAAAAAGUAUACGGUGAUCCAACAAACAAAUGGAAAUCUACUACUCUCGGGUGACGAUGGCCAAUUACUCAAGCGGCACUUAACUCAAACGAAGCGAGUGAAGAAUCUGCCUUAUAGAGAAUCACACCCCUCCAUUGACCAACGGGACAAGCAAACCGAAGAAUAUAGACGGCCG